AUGAGAAAUGAUUCGUAUCGCAUUAUUUGGUAUAUAAGACAUGGUAUCGAAAUACUUAGUCAGCCCGUUGUUCCUGUUCCACCUGUUCCACCUGUUCCACCUGUUCCACCUGUUCCACCUGUUCCACCUGUUCCACCUGUGCCAUCUGUUCCACCUGUUCCCUGUUCUCUGCCUCCUGUCACACAUGUCACUGUCAAACAUCACUAUUGUAUCCUGUCUAACGCCUGUGUUCCAAAUAAUGUAUCCCUGUUGUCCCUUGUGCUUGUAAAACCAUUUAACAUGCGUUCCCUUGAUAACUCUGCCUUUGAACUCCCUUAUAAAACAUUAAUAAUAUCAGCUCAUGUUAUCCUCUGUAUCUAUUUGCGAAAUUAUAUGUGUUCAUUCCCGCUACCCCAAAGAUGUGCCAAACUAAAUAUGGCCGUUCCCAAGCAAACAUUAUUUUCAAAAACAAAUCGCUCGAUAUCUCUGUUCAAUACACCAAUACUAGAACCAGACUCCAAAGCAAUGACACCAUUAGAGCAGCAUUGGACUAAACGAAAAUGUGGUAGACUCUAA